CGAGCGGCUUCACCUGGAGCCACGGGGCGAAGGCCAUUUUGCGUUUGCUUCAUUCCCAGCCCUGGUUCCCGGAGUCCGUUCUGAGUAGAUAGGUUAGUAAGACCCCAAAUAAACCCGAGUUAACGCUUCGGAACUUGGACUGCUCACACAAAGAGCCGGCGCCAGUGAUUUCUUGAGACAACAACGUUAAGUUCAUCAACCCAGCUCGAGAUGUCGAGUGAGCAUUGCGGGGAGGCUUUGCGACACCCAAGAUUCAGAGGCUCCUCGUGAGAUUGCGCCUGCCUCACCACCUUGACAAACUCCCAUCUCAGUUGUUUAUAUCCCACUGUUGGUGGCUUUGAACUUGCCUUUUUUCAUCUUGGGGGGGUGCCUGCUUUUCCCCAUGAGCAGCGUUUCUGUCUUAAAUCCUGUAGGGUGCAAUGUCUGAACAAGAGCGCGUACAGGAAUGCCUGAGGAAAGAAAUAAGGUCGCUUCUCAUUUCCGCCAAAGAUGGUUUGACCCCACAGCAGUUGGAAAAGGAGUACCUUUUGAUGGUUGGCAACCAUUUACCACUCCGAAUCCUUGGGUAUCGUUCCACUAUGGAGCUGGUGUUGGACAUGCCUGAUGUUGUCAGUGUCUGCCCCUGUGAGAAUGGCACUGUAAUACUAAAAGCCAUUCCAGAUGAAUACACCAAAGGAAUAGCAAAUUUAGUCGCAAGACAGAGGAGCAGCCAUAAAGUUCAAACCUCCAUGCAGAAAGGAAGGGCCAUUGUUUGCUCUGGGCCAAGCUCUUUUCGGCGAGCACCUUACCGAGGAAGGGUGCCCCCCAUUCUUCCAGCUGUUGUGAAGAGUGAGUUGAAGGACCUCUUGGCAUUGUCUCCUGUUCUCCUUUCUGAUUUUGAAAAAGCAUUUGCCAGGCGAUUUGGACGAUCAUUCCAGUACAUGCAGUAUGGGUUCCUGUCUAUAUUUGAAGUGCUGAAUGCUGCCUCAGAUGUCAUUUCUGUAGAGCAGACCAGAGCAGGUUCUUUGUUGACGCUAAAGAAGAGCGUAUCAGAGGAAAAGCAGAGAGGAUGGCCAGCAGGUAAAUUUUUUACCCAGCAUUUUAGAAUGAAACAAGAAGGAUCAUAUUCCCCAGGCUUUCCAGUAGCAAAGGCACGCUUUUCACAACCCACUUCAAACAUGGAACCGCCAAAGCAAAUAUUAAACAUGGAAAAGACUUCUAAGUUAAAUGUAUUGGAGACUUCAAGGCUGAAUCACACUGAAAAAUUAAACCAGUUGGAGAACACCUUCAAAUCAGUUAUUGCAAAAAUUGGACCUGGAGGGACUAUCAAUCCAGAGCUAAAACAUAAGAUAAAAUUUGUUGUGUCCAAGUUUCCAGAGGGUUUACUUAUUUCUAAACUGCUUGGAGAGUUUGAGGUGAGUGUUUUCUUUUUCACCAACCAUGCUUCUCACCAUAACUAUUUUAAUGAAGACCGAGAGAUAAGUCCACAAUUAAAACAAGAUAUUAAUGAUGAAAAGACUUUCAUUCACCGUAAAUCUGAGUUAAAGAAGCCAUCAAAGGAUUCUGAAUUCAGCUCUUUGAAAACCCAAGAUAAGAGCUGUAAAGAAGAUCCAAAGUGGUUCACCCCAAAGCUAAAGGAUCUGAAGAAAGAAAAUGAGGGUGAGAUCCCCACUGGAAUGCCAUGCCUGGAGUCAGUGACCAUAGGCGGUGAUGUUUGGGAUGAGAACUGGUUACCUUUGCAAGCUAAAAUGGCGAGAGGAGGUGAUGCUGCCUCCCAUGUAUCGACCUCCAGCCCUGGGGGAAGGAAGCCAUACCUGUCGUGUAAAGGAAUGCCAGAGGAGGAUUGGUGUUUUUCUACACCCAAAGAUAUGUGGGAUGGUUCAUGGCAGCCUUCAGCCCUUGUAGAAGUAGAAAGAAUGAAAGUAGAAGUUAAAAAACCAGAAGGACUGGGUGCUCAGGAAGAAAAUCCUGGGACAACCAGGAUUCAAGAGCAGCCAAACUUAAAGUCUCCUUCAGAUUCUUCUCCAUUGCCCAAACUGGAAGAGUUCAGCAUCUCUCUCAUUCAGUCACAGCAGUCAGCAGACCGGAGCCAGUUUGAGCCUAAAAACGUUCACACUCAGCUAACGCAAGUUCAGUUCUCCGCAGCAGGACUCAAUUCAACUCCUACAGUGGUUGAUGCCCUAGAAAAACACUCCGGUUCCGUGGAAAGCUCUCCAAAGAGCCUAAAGAAUGAAGAUUUUUCUAGUAGCCAUGCUAUUACAGUGUUCAAAGAUAAGAGUCAUGGAGCCGUGGACCAGCUCUCUUUGAUUUUGUCUCCUGAGCACCAGAUUUCUCAGACAUUCUACAUUCCUCGAAGUACAGCCACUGCUGCCUUAGGAGCUGCUGCCCGGUUAGCCACAUCCAGGAGCUUCCUACACUGGUACCCCAGUGUGAAAAGGACGGAAGCCUGAGGGAGGAAGGGAGGAACAAAUAAACCCAUGCUUAGGGCAUGGCGAUUUCCCAGGCCAACACAAGGGGGAGGUACUGAGACACAGUAGGACUGGGGCAGCUGAAACCUUUGUCUUUCUGUGUGACGUGUGUUACCUUUAUUGUGCUAACAGUCCACUUUGUUGUAGAAGGAUUAGCAUUUAUUGUUAAUUUUUUAUUUUUA